UGCAUCUCCACGGCGCAAAGUCCUUUCCAAAGAAAAAGAGAGCGGGCAGCUAGCUCUCAGCUUAACCCCUCAUUACUGAGCAAGGCGCUCUUCUCCCUCCAUUCUUGGGCUGGCGCCAUUCGACCUGAAAUUGUCUAGACCCCCAACCCCACUUCUCCUCUCCCUGAACUACCUAACUUUCUACUUUGGGGUAUUAUCCCCACUAACUCGUAUCGACGGCCCCCAGCCCCAUUUAAUUUACAGGGGAGAACAUUACUCACCACCCUAACCUCCUCUAUACCACCAACCACCACCGUCCUGUCGCCAGUCUUAUCGAGCCCAUCGAGCGAGGCGCGCCUUUCUCUCGACACUGUGGGCACGGCAGCCAGGAAAAUCAAGGACGGAAACGAUUUGCGAUUCCUGGUUUCCACCAGUGAAAUGGUCACUCUUUCCUUGUCAGUUCAGAAAGGAUAGCCGAGAGACGAACGAAUAAAAUAAAAAAUAUGGGCUGCUGCGGUUCCCGGCCCACAGGGCAAAACUCGCCCUACCCCGGGGAUGCUGCGUCGGCGUCGGCGCGUGCAAUCAACACCGUCGCAACCCGUCCCGCUGCGAGUUCGACGCUCUCUGGGGAUGCCGAAGCGGCAGCAUCGCCCACAUCUACGCGCUCGCCUCAGCAGAGACACCGUCAUCGCCAGCCGCUCGAUCAGCACAUCAACAAGCCGCUGCGCCGGCACCGGUGGGCAUCGCGGACUCGCGUGUGGACGCUAGAGGACCUGGCAGCCGAGAGGAAGGACUUUUUCGAUACUCGGGUGACGGGACGCGUCGAGGUCUGGCAGGCCAUCAAGACUGCGCUCGAGGUUCUAUGGGACUCCGACCCCAACCGUCCCCCGGGGACGACGGCGCCGACUCAGGAGCAGCAGGAAGAGGCGUUGCUCACGGCGCAGAGCAUCAUGAUGGCUGCUGACAUCACACUCCCCACGGGCAACCUCGCACAGGGGGUCUACGACCAGCUCGGCAACUAUUAUCCCCUGCCCGAGCACGUCGUCUGCAAUCCGGUCAAUGUCAUCAAUGCCUCCGACCUCCCACCUUCAGAGGACGGGGACGAGAUUGAUGACGACGAGGGUGAUAUGGGAAGCAUAGGGGACACGAAACAGCCCUAUGUCGCCAGCUCGGCCGAGGACGACGAGACUGACAGGGCGGCUCAGCGCCGUAAAGAAAAGGGGAAAGAGGUCGAAGUCGAGGAGGAGACCAUCACCGUUCGCUGUCGACUUAGCGAAAAUGCACGCGAUGUACUGGUCACAGUUCCCAAGAAGAGUCCAGUACGGAUUCUAGCCCGGCGAAUAGUCGAGGAAGCCAAGCUUCCGGAUGACACGAGCGUACGGAUCGCAUACUUGGGAAAGAUUCUUCGCGACACGACACCUCUUACCCUGCAAGGUUGGCAGGAGGGACAUGUACUCAACGCCAUGUGCUUCAUCAAAUCACGUUAGGAGCGUGAAGUGUUACCUGACGCAAAUACGGAUACUCGGGUCCGUGAAGUGUUACCCGACGGCAACGUGGAUGCUUGGAUCCGCAAUGUGAACCGCCCAUUUGGGCACGAAAGAUCCUCGACGUCACCAAUAUCACCUGAGCCGGUAUCUCUUCCCGCAGAACCCAUCCAGCCACGCUUCAGAAGUCGUGGUAAUAUCGCUAGGUUCCUGGCCAACAUUGCCACGUUGUCUACUCCUACGAUACUCUCUCACGACACAGGCAUCGGAACGCGCGAAUCGAAUGAUCAGUCACUGGGAAUUCCGACGUUCUAUCUGGAAUCAAUGCCACCGCUACCCUUAUCUGGAUCCAUCUUACCUGGUACAGAACGACCAGUCACUGGCAGCUCAUUGCAGAGGAGCAGCACGAUAAGUGGCACCGAAACCCUCAGAAGUGGUUCACCUCCGGCACUUCAGGCAUCGAAUGAUAAGUAGAGACUUGGUCUGAAUGAAGUCCUGGACUCUCGAAACAACCUGAAACCUCCCUGGGCAUUCACCUGAAAGUGCUGUGGCCUCAAAUACCCAGAUCUGCUUUACCCUCGUUUGGUUCACUUGCCCAAAGCCGAUUUGUUCUCACUUUUGUCACUUGCUUCCAUUAUCACCUGUUAUUUUGCUUCUUUUCCUUCCUUCAUGAUACCCCUCUUAGCAUUUCUGAUCUAUUCCACGCAUCAUGGCUCAUUGUCCUGCCGUUCAAACUGUUUUCUCCUUUUCGAGGAACGUCUGAGAGCAAUUUUUCUUGUGGCUUGCAUCAUUUUUCCUGAUAUCGAGUGUAAAUCCUUUCAGUCGUGCACAUGUGGAAAUACUCGGAGGCUUGCGCUAUAUCAAGACAUGUUCAAGUUGCAUAGCCGACAGUGGGUAGUUUUACAUACAGCAUAAUGUUAAUAAUGAUGCUGACUCUGCA